AUGGCUGAAGUGCCCUCACAAGUGCUACAAAACUAUGACCCCUGUUGUGAGGACGCCAUCAACACCCAUAUUCAGCUGCUGCUCCAUGCUUCCUAUGUGUACCUGGCUAUGGCCUUCUACUUUGACCUUGAUGACGUGUCCCUGGGGAAUUUCAAGAGAUUCUUCCAGAGAUUCAUCUGCAAGGCCAGUGUGGAGGUGUUCCUGUUCCUGCAGAAUGAGCAUGGUGGCCAUGUUCUUCUGACCCGCAUUGUGAGACCAGACCCCAACAGUUGGCAGGGGGGCCUCAGGGCCAUGGAAUGUGCCUUCCACAUGGAGAUGACCAUCAACCAGAACCUGCUCAACCUGCACGAGCUGGCCAAGGGGAAGGGUGAUGCUUACCUCUGCAACUUCCUGGAGCAGCACUGUCUGGACGAGCAGGCCAAUGUCCUCAAGAAGAUGGGCAGCUACCUGACCAACCUGCGCCAGAUGGAGGCACCGGAGUACGGCUUGGCCGAGUACCUCUUUGACAAGCUCAGCCUGUCCUGA